UUUCCAGCUCUCACCCCUCCUCACUAAACCCAUCCGUCCAAAACUUCCCCAAAAAUAUUUGAAAACAAUUUUCAUUCCACUUCCUUCCCCAAUAGAGGAAUUAGGAACCCCGAGCAGCAUCGUGCGCAUCGAACUCGCGGGCCUCCAAUGUUGGUAUCGAGCAGGCGGGCUGCCGUCGGCUGCUCCUGUUCCUGCAGCAGCGUCUCCAGGAACUCGCCCUGCGUCCCACAGGAAAGCCCCCCACCUCGCUCGAAUGACUCCACCUCUCCUCCAUUGGCACCACAGCCGGCCACUGUGGUGCCUCCCCCGGGUUACGCCCCCUUGUCGAACUCCCCCACCUCUCCACCUCUCCCUUCACCUACGCCCCUGCCAGCGUUUCCGAAUGGAGGGUUGCCGCCGUGGAAGCUGGCGCUGAUAGCGGGGACAGGGAUUGGCGGGCUGAUUGUGCUGAUUGGCGUAUGCACUUUUGUGAUUUUUCAUCGGAGGAAGAGGAGGAGGCUUGAGUUGGGGAGUUACCCUCCACAUGGGCCUAAAGGCAGGGCAUUAGGUCUUUCACAGAGGACAUUCACAUACGAAGAACUAAAAAUAGCAACAGAUGGUUUUUCCAAUCUCAACCUACUUGGUGAAGGUGGUUUUGGCUAUGUUCAUAAAGGAGUGCUUUCGAGUGGGAAAGUAGUUGCAAUCAAGCAAUUAAAAACCGGAAGCAGACAAGGGGAGAGGGAAUUUCAAGCAGAAGUCGAGAUUAUCAGCCGCAUCCAUCAUAGACAUCUUGUUUCGCUUGUUGGUUAUUGCAUUUCUGGUGCUCAUAGGAUUCUGGUAUAUGAGUUUGUUCCAAAUAGUACGUUGGAAUUUCAUUUGCACGGAAAUGAUCGCCCAACUAUGGCUUGGCCCACAAGGAUGAAGAUUGCUUUAGGUUCUGCAAGGGGGUUGGCAUACCUGCAUGAGGAAUGUAAUCCCAAAAUCAUUCACCGUGACAUCAAGGCUGCUAAUAUUCUUCUUGAAUCCAAUUUUGAGGCAAAGGUUGCAGAUUUUGGACUCGCAAAGUUUGCUUCUGAUACAGAUACUCAUGUAUCCACUCGAGUGAUGGGAACUUUUGGUUACCUCGCUCCAGAGUAUGCCUCCAGCGGGAAUCUCACUGAGAAAUCAGAUGUCUUUUCUUUUGGUGUUGUGCUUCUGGAGUUGAUUACCGGGCGUCGUCCGCUUGACAGAACUCAGCCCUUUGAUGAGGAUAGCAUGGUUGAUUGGGCAAGGCCUUUGCUUACACAAGCAUUAGAAGAUGGCAAUUUUGAUGCCAUUGUUGAUCCAAAACUGAACAAGGACUAUGUAAAUGAGGAAAUAACUCGGGUGAUUGCUUGUGCUGCUGCUUGCAUUCGUCAUUCUGCACGACACCGUCCAGCAAUGACACAGGUAGUUCGAGCAUUGGAAGGAAACUUUUCUCUGAGUGAUUUCAAUGAAGGAAUUAUGCCAGGACAUGGCAGGGUAUAUAACCGUUGUCUAAACUCAGAUUAUGACCCCAGCCGUGACCAAGAAGAUUCAAAGAAUUUCAGGAUGAUGGCCCUAGAAAGCCACGAACAAGCCACCAGCGAGUUCAGCGGCCAAAACAGUGACGAUGGCCUUCAACCAUCCAGCUCAAGCAGUAAGAGUCAACGAAUUACCCAAGAGACGGAUUUGGAGCACAGGGGUCAACAAACUACCCAAGAGAUGGAUUUGAGGGAUAUGGCAGAGGAUGAUCGUCACGCUAGUGGAGGCUCUUAAUAUUAACACAAAUUGAGAGGACAUACCCUACUUCCACGGUUCCAUGUGCUUUGACCCGUGGCCACGUGUUACCACUUGUUAUUUGUAUAAAGAAAUGGAUUAGAUCCAGGAAAGGCAAAAAGCUCAUCAGAUUUCGUUAUGUCUCUGUUGAUUUGAGUAGUAUAAUUUGAGGUAUUCCAAUAACAGUCAUUGCUGGUCCGGUAAUGUGCAAGAUUGAGACUACAAAAAACUCAAAGCAGGAGGGAUCUUUCUUGUGAUCUUAUGGGAAUAGUGGGUUGCUGCAAUUUUUGGUUGGAAGGUUGGGGAGCCAUGGUCGUUCUUCAUAAUGCUCAGAAGAGUUUCUCUCAUAAUCUUUUCUAGGCGCAGUUAGCGUGUAUGAUUGAAAUCAUCCUGUACUCUUUCCAUUACUUCGCUGAAGAAUGAAUCUACACAUUCCGUAAUAGAAAAAUCCCUAAUUAUUAA